GCCAGAUACCGGAUUUGGCAGCUUGUGAUAUUUAUAAACUCAGAUCGACAAGACGUUGGACACCAGCCGACUGGUCUGACGGUUUACCUCAGAACCAUAUCGUGAGGCUUGGCGAUGAUCACGAAGGAAGAUGACUUACACAACUCCUCCGACAUUGUGCGGGAGAAGAGACUGCGAUGUUGAAGAGAGUCAGGUGUCGACGCCUCAAGAGCCGAGCAAUCUUGAGCAACACCAGCAUCAACAUCAGCAACAGCGUCUUUCAGCACUCCAGAUAAACCUCUCCCAUUUAUUCCAUCUUCAGAUACAUCACACUAGCAACCAUGGUUCGCGCAAUUUCCCUCUUCUCCGGUCUAGCUCUGGCCUUCGCUGCUAGUGCCGACGUAAUCGGCCACAAGGAUGUCCAGCGCUUCACGGAGAGCGCCCCCGAGAUAUACCUCAAGUUCAAGCCGUUCCUCGACGUCGAUACCGGCUGCGUGCCCUUUCCAGCCGUCGACAAGGAUGGUAACAUUAGCGGCGGUCUGAAAGCUGCCGGAGACAUCUCUGGUCAAUGCAGCGAGAGCGAGGGCCAGCUCUACGCCCGCGGCCGCAAUCAUGACGGCAAGUUCGCCAUCAUGUACGCCUGGUACUUCCCCAAGGACCAAGCCGUCCACGGCGGCGGCGCAGGCCAUAGACACGACUGGGAGGACGUCGUGGUCUGGCUGUCGUCGAACAGUGGCGACGCUGAUUUCCUGGGCGUCGCGACGUCAGGCCAUGGCGACUACACCAAGACAAAGGCCUCGGACAUGAAGGACUCGAUGGACGGCAGCCGACCGCUGAUCCAGUACUUCUCAAAUGGGAUUACCAACCACGAGCUGCAGAUCACGACGGCCAAGGGUGGCGAGCAGGCCCUGAUCGAAUGGGGCGCCCUGGGUUCCAAGGCGCGCGCGGGACUGGCCACCUCAGAUGCGUGGGGGGAUGCGGUCAUGCCCAUGAUUGACGACAACUUUAAAGACAAGAUUGCAAAGGCUGCGCUGUGAUGGACAGAGGACUGCGGUCAAGUCUGCCUCCUCUCUGGUCUUGAGACAUCCAACAUGAAUAGGGCCUUUUGUUAUUAUCUGUUGUUACUGUAGAUACUACC